AUCAUUACAGUGGUGACGAAGAAGAACGCUCACUAUUAUGUGUUGAUGUGGCUCCGCUGUGUUCGUUUGAUUUCUUGUAAUUUAUCUGUUCUGUCGGUCACGUUUCAGUGUUAAUGGCCAACCAUGGGGAAGAGGGACAAUCGAGUGGCGUAUGUUAAUCCCAUAGCUGCUGCUCGAGCCAGGGGGCCGGUACAAAAUGCCGGACCAACUAUUCAAGAUUAUCUUAGCAGACCUCGACCAUCAUGGGAGGAGUUGAAGGAGCAGUUGGAGAAGAAGAAGAAAGGAUCCCGAGCCCUGGCUGACUUCGAGGAUAAAAUGAAUGAUAGAUGGAGGAAGGAGCUGGCCAAAAACAGAGAAAAGCUCUUGGGUGGAGGCGACAAGGACAAAGAGAGAGACAAAGAAAAAGAUGAGAAAAGGGAGAAAAAAGAAAAAAAGAAGAAGGAGAAAAAGAAGUCCGCUAGGCGUUCUUCAUCUUCUUCUUCCUCCUCAUCGAGUUCUGAUUCCUCCAGCAGCUCUGCCUCCGAGUCUGAAGACGAGGAUGAGAAGAAGAGUGUGAAGAAAAAGCACAAAAAGAAGAAACUGUCCAUCAGAAGACGUUCGAACAGUUCUGACGCCGGCUCAGAUGCUGAGUACAAGAAAAAGAAAAGAAUCAAGGAAGAAGGAGACAAAGAAAAGGAUGAAAGGAGUCGCAGAAAGAAACGAAAGUCUGAACGUAGCUACAAAGACUCUGCGUCCGAGUCGUCUGCUGACUCUGAGGGGGAGGAGCCUACUGAAGCCAAGAAGAAAAAGAGAAGCAGUGAAGAGAAAGAAAAAAUCACAGAUAAAUCAAAGAAGAAGAGGAAAAAGAAGCACAAAAAGCACAGCAGGAAAAAGAAAAAGAAGGCAGUGUCUCAGUCGGACUCUGAGCUUGACUAACUUUCAAUCUCUCGAUCCGCAUCAGAGGAGCGUUGCCGUUGUCGUUGCCUUUCAUUGGCCCCAAAUACCUUCUGCUCAGCUUGACCCACUCUCAACAACCAGGAAGUGGUUCUUUGAACCUGACUCACGUGAGAGCAGGAGGU